UUUCAUGCUCCCCACCUUCUUUCUCUUAAAUCCAUUUGUCCUUCUUUAUCCUCUCAUUUUCAAUAAAUCUUCACACAUAAUUGUCUCACUUCACCUCUUUUGUUUUAGCGUAACUGGGUUUCCAUUUGUUUUGGAGAAGCUUUUGUUUUUGCACGUCAAGUCUUUUAGCACAUUGUUGAAGAAGGGAGCUGCUUCUCAUAUUUCUUCUCUCUUCAUUCCCUCUGCCCUUUUUCUUAUUUUCAGAUACCAAUCGUCUUUCACGGGGUUUUCUGCUUCACGUGUAGUUAGUCUUCUCUUCUAUGUUACGCAGCUGAACAAAGAUCUCAAUCGGCCGCUGCACGUUUCAUAGCUGUUUCCUUCUAUCUUUACCAUGGGAACCAAAAUGAAAGGCAUAUAUAAAAGUUUCAAAUUCAUUUCCCAAAUUUUUGUUGUGAAGGAGCGAGAAAUGGAAAUCGGUUAUCCAACUGAUGUUAAACAUGUGGCUCACAUAGGUUGGGACGGCCAAUCUAGUAGUGCACCCAGCUGGAUGAAUGAUUUCAAGACAGCUCCCGAUUUCUCAACAUCAAUUGGGAACCCAAUGGACUCCAGUAAUCUGUCACUUUCCACAUGGUCCUCCCAAGAUUUUGAACAAUCAACGGGAGGAAGAUCAGCGUCUGAUAUAUUUAAAGACAUUCCACCUACAGAUCUUCCAAAUAUUCCCAAGGAACAAAAGCGGAAAAAGAAAUCAUCAACUUCCUCUCCCAAGUGUGGAUCCUCAAGAUCUUCUCGAGCAGCUAAGUCGAAGACUACAUACAAUGAAAUGGGGAUGGCAAAUAUGUGAGUAUAGACUUGGUGUCUGAUUGUUAGGCUCGAUACAGAGAUCUGGUAACUACUUAUGUGCAUAGCUAAUACUGCAAGUGUCCCCCUUUCAUUGAAUGACCUGUUUAGAAAGGCUACAAUGAAAAUGAACAAAACUUUUGUAUAAAUUUAAAGGAGGAGGAAACGAAAUUAACUCGGGGAACACAAAGAUGUUAGGGGAAGGGAAGAAAGGAAUGAUCACUGUUAAACAAUGCCACUUGCUUAGAUAGAUCCGAAUUUUUUAUUUUGUGUUUAUUAGACUUCAAAAAGAAUAUUAAGGAAUUCUUGAUGAACAGUGGUAAAAGAUUUGGCUGAUUUAGGUGUUUCUUGAAGGCGUUGAAAAUGUAUCGCAAUGCUAGAAUAUGCAGUAUAUGUAUACAUUUCAUUUGCAGUUUCAAAUUCUUGAAACUAGCAUCUAUCAUAUGAAAUCCCUGAACUUAUUUUCUUCCCAGA